GUUUUCUCUGCGAGCAGACGAAAGAGGACGGCCGUUUUCAGCACCUUGGACAGAGCACGCAGCAAACAACAUGGCUCCAAUUACAGCCAGCCGAGAAGAAUUUGAUGAAAUUCCAACUGUGGUUGGAAUCUUCAGUGCCUUUGGGCUAGUCUUCACUGUCUCCCUCUUUGCUUGGAUCUGCUGCCAGCGCAAAUCUUCCAAAUCAAAUAAGACUCCUCCUUACAAAUUUGUCCAUGUACUGAAGGGUGUUGAUAUUUAUCCUGAGAACCUCAACAGCAAGAAGAAGUUUGGUGCAGAGGACAAAGGGGAAGCCAAAAACAAGCCUGUCAUGCCAAAGAGCUCUCUUCACCUCGACCUGGAGAAGCGAGAUCUGAAUGGCAACUUCCCCAAAACAACCCCUAAAAUACCAAGUUCCUCAGAUGUUGAGAACUUUACUCCAAAACUCUUUCCUGAGAGGGAGAAAGACUCAGUAUCCCCUGACAGCUUGAAGUCCAUCACAUCAAUAUCUUCUGAAGAGAAACAAGAUAAAUUAGGGACUCUCUUCUUCUCCAUUGAAUACAACUUUGAGAAGAAAGCUUUCAUGGUGAACAUCAAAGAAGCAUGUGGCUUGCCAGCCAUGGAUGAGCAGUCAAUGACUUCUGAUCCAUACAUCAAAAUGACAAUACUGCCUGAGAAGAAACACAAGGUGAAAACUCGAGUGAUGAGGAAAACCUUAGAUCCAGCUUUUGAUGAAACCUUCACCUUUUAUGGGAUCCCUUAUACUCAAGUUCAAGACCUCAGCCUUCACUUUAUGAUCCUGAGUUUUGACCGGUUUUCUCGAGAUGACAUCAUUGGAGAAGUCAUGUUUCCUCUGUCAGGAAUUGAGUUGUCUGAAGGAAGAAUGCAGAUGAACAAGGAAAUCAUCAAAAAGAAUGUUAGGAAGUCUUCUGGGCGUGGAGAGUUGCUGAUUUCUCUUUGUUACCAGUCCACAACGAAUACUCUCACUGUGGUUGUUUUAAAGGCCAGACACCUACCUAAAGCUGAUGCUUCAGGCUUGUCAGACCCCUAUGUCAAAGUGAACCUAUACCAUGCCAAGAAAAGGAUCUCCAAAAAGAAAACCCAUGUCAAGAAGUGUACCCCCAAUGCAGUGUUCAAUGAACUCUUUGUCUUCGAUAUUCCCUGUGAGGGUCUCGAAGAGAUCAGUAUUGAAUUCUUGGUUUUGGAUUCAGAGAGGGGAUCCCGGAAUGAAAUCAUUGGGCGGUUAACCUUGGGGGCUUCUGCAGAAGGAACAGCUGGAGAACACUGGAAGGAAAUCUGUGAAUAUCCUAGGAGACAAAUUGCCAAAUGGCACAUGUUGUGUGACGGCUAACAACGUCACAAGAGGUUGGAACUUUUUUUAAAAAAAAUAUCCAUAGGCGAGGAUCAGUUUUCUUACUUUGCAUUGUAUAAUCACAGGCUUAUGCCAUUAAAAAUACUUUUCUUGUUAUUAUUGUUGAAAAUUAAUGGAAUUAUCAGAACAGAAGGUAACUAGAUUUUCUCACUCAGUUGAGGCUGUUUCCCAAACUCUAAAGAACUUGAUGUAAUUUAAUCUGUGCUUCAUAUUCUACUGGAAUUUACACAGCUAUAGAGACACAAAGUGCUGUAUACUCAAUUAAGAAGUCUGGUUUUUUUUAAAUUACUAAAGUACCAGGAAUCCUAGAUUACUGUUGUCACUCAAAUGAUGAUAAUCUCAUUAAUAUAUGUUGCUAGAUCUAGAAAUACCUGUGUUUUGUAAAGUCUAAAAUAAUGAUUUUUAAAAGCUGAGCAAAUGGGGUGUGUGGGGAGGCUAUUUCUUUCAGCUUCAUAAUUUAUCACAAACCUCUCUUUUAUGAAAGUCGAAGCAUUUUUCAUAAGGUUAGUUGCUUAUAUUUUGAGCAAUCCAAAGACAAAGACAGUUUUAACAAUUUACAUUGCACAUCAAUGGUCCAAUUUGUUAUUUAACC